UCUGAAAAUGUUAUAUAAAAUCAAUAUUUACCAACAAUAUAUAGUGCAAUUUUCUACAUACCAGGUGUUGAAAAAAUUCUAAAAUUCAUAGUGUCGGAACUGACAUUCAUUUUUUAAUCUCUGAUCAUUAGAGUAUGGCGAGUUUGACGAAAAACAGACGGACGACACUAGAACGCAUUGAAAAGUUCAUUUCUCAUCUGUAUUUCACUGACAUUAAUUUGUACGGUAGACUGUAUCCGCAAAAAACUUCCCUACCAACUUUAUUACAUUUUGAUUCUAAUGGACGAGUUCCUUUCAAAGAAGCGAUGGAAAUCGGUAAUUUUACCCCAACUAAAGUAGGAUCUUCAUUUGGGCCAACAUGGACUACUCAUUGGUUUAAGGUACGUGUUGAUAUUCCUGAGAGCUGGUUGGGAAAAGAAGUCCAUCUAAGAUGGCAUGCUGGGUGUGAAAGUAUGUUAUGGACUUCAGAUGGAAUACCAUUACAGGGACUGAACGGAACUGAUCGACAAAGUUUCAUUAUUUCAUGCAAUACAACUUUAGAAGAUCUUCGUCAAACAUUUUAUGUGGAAAUGGCAUGCAACACACUAUUGGGUAGUGGCUCUCCUACUAUGAUUUCACCACCUGAUCGUAAACGCUACUUUACAUUGGAGCUUGCAGACAUAGCUGUUUUUGACCGGCAGGUCUUCGAUUUGGUGAUGGAUUUUGAAGUAUUACAUGGAAUUGCAAAACAUUUACCUAAAGAAAGUAUAAGAAGCUACGAUGCUCUUUAUGCUGCUAAUGAAAUGAUUAAUAUCAUUCAAAAAGCGGAAUACUCUAAAGACAGCUAUGCCAGUGCCAAAGAAAUUAGUAAAAAAUUCUUCUCUCAGAGUAAUGGGGAAAGCCAACAUAAAAUCAUAGCUGUUGGAAAUUGCCAUAUUGAUUGUGCUUGGUUGUGGCCAUAUGAAGAAACUGUCAGAAAGUGUGCCAGGAGUUGGUCUUCAGUGGUGCAGUUAAUGGAGAGAUAUCCCAAUUUUCGUUUUGCUUGCUCACAGGCACAGCAGUUUAUGUGGGUUAAAGAAAAUUAUCCAGCUUUGUAUGAAAAAGUUAAAUAUUUUGUUGCUAAAGGUCAAUUUGUUCCUGUUGGCGGUACGUGGGUAGAAAUGGAUGGAAAUUUGCCUGGUGGUGAGUCAUUUGUACGUCAAUUUUUAUAUGGUCAGCGUUUUUUCCAACAAGAAUUUUGUAAACGAUGUAAAGAAUUCUGGUUGCCUGAUACUUUUGGAUAUUCUGCACAGAUACCACAAAUAAUGAAGCUGUGUAAUAUCGAUAAGUUUCUUACUACAAAGUUGAGUUGGAGUUUAGUGAAUUCUUUCCCACAUGACAAUUUUCUUUGGGAAGGAAUUGAUGGAUCCAGUGUAAUUGUUCACUUUCCUCCUGCAAAAACUUACACAGCUACAGUGUCUGUUGAGGAGGUUAUUAAAACAGUUGAAAACCUCCAAGACAAAGGCAGGGUGUCAUGUAGUAUGAUGCUUUAUGGCCAUGGUGAUGGUGGCGGUGGUCCAACUGAAGAAAUGAUUGAAAGAGUUCAAAGACUUUGCAACGUGGAUGGCUUGCCAAAAGUUCAACAUGGCACACCUGAUCAAUUUUUUCGGAUAAUUGAAGAUAAGCAUGUUAAAGAGCUUUGCAAAUGGUCUGGAGAACUGUAUUUAGAGCUUCAUAACGGAACCUAUACUAGCCAAGCUAAAAUGAAGUUUUUGAACCGUCAAUGUGAGAUUCUGCUGAGAGACACAGAGCUUCUGCAUAGUGUCCUAUUAGCUGCAUGCAGGGAUGAAGAUAAGAAAGCAUAUCCUGAAUUAGAACUGGAAAGGUUAUGGAAAAUUAUGCUGUUAAAUCAGUUUCAUGAUGUUUUGCCAGGUUCAUCCAUUGAAGAUGUUCACAAAGAAGCUGCUUUUUACUAUAAAGAGGUCAUUAAAGGAGCCGCUGGCUUAAUGGAUACUGCUGUUCGUCGCUUAUUUGGUGUUCCAGAAGGUAGAGGUGAAGAGGAAGAAUUGGUCUUGGUUAAUGUCCUUUCUUGGAACAGAACUGAGCUUAUACGGGUGCCAUGGUAUAAAGAUGAAAUUUCUAGACGCAUGUGGAUUGAAGGUGUUGGAAAAGCUAUGCAAAAUAUUAGCAAUGAGGGUGGUGGUGGAACCCUGGUUCCUGUUGUUGUUGGACCAAUGGGUUAUCAACUGCUUCGAGGAUUAUCUGCAGUAAAAGCUUCUGUUCUUGUAGAGCAAAAAAAAGAUGGAACUUUUUUCUUGAAAAAUCAGUUCAUCGAAGCCAUUAUUAAUCAAGAAGGCUGUGUGUCAUCACUAAUAUUAUCCGAGUGUCGCAAGGAAGCCAUUGCUGCCGACAGUGUUGGAAACAGAUUUUUAAUAUAUGAUGACAUCCCUCUAUAUUGGGAUGCAUGGGAUGUUAUGGACUAUCAUCUUGAAACUGGAAGAAAUGCUAUAAAAGAGAUUGUGGAGCCAUUGAAAAUCGUGGAACAAGGUCCUUUACGAGCAUCUCUUUUAUUUAGAGCAAAAAUAGGCACAAACAGUGAAAUGAAGCAAAAAAUCUCAAUUGAUGCUGUACAUCCUUAUUUAUUAUUUGAAACUACGAUUUGUUGGGAAGAAAAUCACAAGUUCUUGAAGGUUGAAUUUCCAGUAAAUGUAUUUUCCAAGUAUGCCACUUAUGAAAUACAGUUUGGUAGCAUUCAAAGGCCUACACAUGCAAAUACUUCUUGGGAUUGGGCAAAAUAUGAGGUCUGUGCCCAUAAGUGGGUUGAUUUGUCAGAAUAUGAUUGGGGUGUUGCUAUUUUAAACAAAAAUAAGUAUGGGCAUUCUGUGCGGGAAAACAGAAUGUUUUUGUCCCUUUUACGAUCCCCCAAGUGUCCUGAUCCGAAGACUGAUAUUGGAAAGCAUUCCAUAACUUACGCAAUAAUGCCACAUGCCAAAACAUACCAACAAUCUGGUGUUAUACAACAGGCAUAUCAAUUGAAUUGUCCAAUACACAUUUUUCCAACAAGCCAUUUAGCAAAACCAGGAGCUAGUCAUUAUGUAACAAAUGCUCAUCGGGUUCUUCCAUUGGAGAUGCAUGAAUGUUUAAGUUGGUUUCAAGUCAGUGAUCCAGCGAUUGUGAUCGAAACUGUGAAGAAAGCUGAAGAUAGAGACGAUUGUCUUGUUGUGAGGAUGUAUGAGUCCUUUGGCGGUCGGGUUCAUGUGGUUUUAAAAAGCUGUCUUCCUAUUCACAAAGCAGUUUUGUGCAACGCCUUGGAGGAUGUUGCUGAAUCGUCUAAUCAGAAGGUGAAGUGGAAGGGCAAUAAUUUAGAACUUAGCUUUUUACCCUAUCAAAUUAUAUCAGUUUUGUUAUAUGUUGAAGUAUAAUGGAAUUUGUAUAAAAAAAGGGUACACUCAGUACAUUAUUUUGAUAUAAUUAAUAAGU